AUGGAGCUAGCAAGGGAGCUGGCUACAGGCAUCAUGCUAUCGUCCGCUCGCAACCGGAGCGACGACCGCGAGAUCGUGCGGCGCUGGAUAGAGAUGGUACUGGGCGACAAAGUGCUGAGCGAUGUCCCAGCGGCGCUGCAGUCGGGCCAGGUGCUCUGUGGCUUGGUCGAGAGACUGUACAAGGCGCUGGGCAUGAAGAGUCGAGUGCGUUCGUGCGAUGGAGGCGACGCGGGCGCACUGGAGAAUGUGCGCGAGUAUCUGAGAGCAUGUGAGGCGCUCGGAGUUGCGCGUCAAGAUCUCUUUGAGCCGGAUGAUUUGCUCGAGCAAAAGGAUCUGGAAAAAGUUUACAGGAGCAUCCUUGCGUUACAGGUAGUGGCGGUGUCGCUGUCGAACCGCCGCUCGAUUGAUGAACGAAGCUCCAUGAUUGAACGGCUGGACUGGUGCCCGGUGCCGGAAAUCGAUGUUUUUGUGAACGACGACGAAGACAAUCUGGAUGUUGAUGAUUUGAACCUGGAAAUUUCUGGCUCUGUCCAUAUGCUCCAGCAGUCGCGGUGGCAGCGGUUGUUGUGCAAAUAUGAGGACCAGCAGCAGCAAAAGGAGGCGAAAGACUGUGCUGGCAAUUCCUCCACAUGUGAAGGGAUGGGCCCGCUCGCACACAGUAUUUGGCGAACAGAAGAGCGCAUUCGUGCAAUAUUGUUAUGCGACGAUGACGAUUUUGGUGCGGUGCCAGAUGCGUUACAUGGCCAGCUGUGGAUGCUCGCGUCAGGUGCUCAACUGGAAAUGUGGAGAAAUAAGGGUCUGUACGAGCGAUUAUUGGCUUCGAACGCAGAGAACACCGAGGCCACUCGGCAGAUUGACGUGGAUCUGCACCGUACUGUAUCUGACGAGGACAAAGAGUGGUGGAGUGAUAAAAAAUCCGACAUGAUGCGCCGAGUUUUAGUCGCAUACUCGUUUUACAACCCAGGUCUGGGGUAUUGUCAGGGUCUGAAUUAUAUUGUUGCACGAAUUUUGCAAUACCUUGACGAAGAAGAAGCUUUUUAUUUGCUGAUCGCAAUCAUCCGGCUUGUUCCGGAUGACUACUACACGACAAUGCUAGGAUUGGCUGUAGAUCAACACGUUUUUGCGGAUCUCGUUCGUCUUCAGUACCCGGAGGUUUCUGAUCACCUGACGGAACUGGGAGGCUCGGGAAUGGAGUUGUCACUCGCAUGCACGGAGUGGUUCCUGACUCUUUUUGCCAGUCCAUGCGACAGGAAUGUGGCUUUUCGGAUUUGGGAUGCUAUUUUCCUUCAGGGUGAUGAGGUUCUAUUCAAAGCAGCACUGGCACUUCUCCACCAAGCAAAGGCUGAACUUGUUGCAUGCAAUAACUAUGGGGAUAUGCUGAAGCAAUUGAAUGAGCUUGGUCGAGGUGCAAUCGAUGCCGCAGAGUUGAUGGAGUUAUCGAAAGCACAAGAUUGCGUCAUUCGUGGCCGGGUGGAAGAUUUUAGAGCCCAUCAUCGUCUGCAAUUGGCAUCAGGCAUUGUCGCCUCAACGGUCGAUGUAGAGGACGCGCAAAGCUCAACAGCAGGACGACGGAGCUCAGAGUCAAGGCCGGAACCACGGCUGAGGCUAUUUGGCCGUAGGAAGCAAGGCACUUCUCGACAAAUGGACAAGGUUCCUCCUCGGUUGGCACGAACGUUCGAUCGAGUGCUUACCGAUGAGUACACGGAGGCCAUUCAACGAGACCAUGUCAACUUCGCUGAGUAUUACAAAGGAGUGCAGCUCCAGAUUCGCGAAGAUUACUGGAGUGGAGGAGAUAGUCAACUUCAGGGCAGUGGUCGAAGCGUCCGUCGAGUUUCAGCCGAUGGGGUUGCUGUCAGUAGCCUUCAGGAGAAUACAGGUCGCCGGUUGGAGCUAGCAGACCACGACAAAAGCCAAAACGGGCCGGACGGGGGUGAAUGCGGGGUCAGACUGACGCGUGCGCGCCGAAGCAAAAGCUCAGCAGCAAUGCCUACUCGCAAGGUGCAAGAGUCAAACGCGAUUAGCCCUCCUCUGGACCCGCCAGGAAACGACAGCGACGAGGAGGUUCAGCUGGUCGGGCGUUCACCAUUAGCAUGGAUUCAGCGCUUUGAGGAAUGGCACAAGGACAUGAAAACUCAAAAGGAGAAGAGGAAGGCAGAGAAGAAACGUCUGCGACGUAACCAGCGCUGUGAGAGCAUGUUUCCUGAAACGAUGACUGGACAAACGGAUCCAGGUAUCUUGCGGACGCGGUGUGCUGUUGGCUCUUCACCAGUUCCGCUCCACUCACAGCCGCGUGAAUGUGACGAUAUCGAAAACUUUUCGCUUGGCGACCGAAGGAGAUCCAAUGAAUACAAGUGUCCACGUAUCGAAAGUGUUGUAGAACUGAAGAAGUCUUCGCUGCCACGCUCCUACUCGGACCUAUUCCGGUCUUCAGCGGGUAUAUCAGGACAGCAGCAAAAUCAAGCAACGAUUGAAAUGACGCGACUUGCUGACAAGCAAGAACUAGUAGUGCCGCCGCCGCACUCGCUCAAGAGUGAGGUGGACGAAGUUUUGGAGAAGCCCUAUGUUGACGAAGCACGACAGCUGGCUCGAAGUGGAAGUGGGCGUCCUUCUCGUGGGUUGAGUGAUCAAAGUACUUUAUCCCGAAGCACCAAUUCGUACGUGAACGCGGCCUCUUUUGUCAUGGAUUUUCCGGAUGAGAUGCACGAUGAAGGGAAGUCGAACCGAUACCUUGAUGAGGAGAGUGCAAAGUUGGGAAAAAUGACCACGUUUGCGCGAGGAAAACGACCGCUAGCGCAUGGGCUGAUCCUGUACUCGCCGGUGCACUGUCGAUCUAGCUCAAUGGACUUUGGGGCGGAAGAAGCUGGCAGUUAUGCCCCACCUCGGAUACGUCGGAUCGUGUCAGUUCCCACAGACGAGAACGUUCCUCAGCAAAAGUGUGCACGCAAUCUUGACCGCACCAGCGACUGUAGUCAAGCCAUGCGAGAGCGUGCGAAUGUUCUCCAGUACAUGCAUCACAAGGCCAGCGACGCAAGCAGCCUCGCUGAAAGUAUUUCGCGUAGUUCGGUCCGCAUGAGUGAAGGGUCCAACGACACGCCUCGAGUUGACGACCAAAGUAGCAACCGGAGUGGCAAGUCGACGCGUUUCCGAACGAGUUCGUUCUCUUUCUUCGACAAGCUCUCAAGUGAUCUUGAGAGUAGUGUCCACGGUUUGGACAGUCUGGUUGGUGAGGCUGAAUUUGCGACUGGAAGUGCUGGGGACCGCGGGUCAAUGUCUUCAGCAGCAACGGGUCGAUCCAGUACCAUCGACGAGCCACGGGCUAUGGGAGAAGCCAUCUCCAUCUCGUCGUGA